AUGGUGGUUUCCAUCUUCAGUUGUCUUCAACUUGUGACUGAAAACAGCAAGGUUACCCGGCAAGGGGGCGUUGAGGCACCUAUUGAGGAUGUUGGAGCUGAUCUGUCGGGUAACCUCCAUCAGCCAGACAAGCAUCACAAUAGCAUGCCGUCAUUCAGCCUUCAGUUGCCGCUCACUCCAGCGACUUCGCAGGAGACCCCGUUAUAUCCAUUGUUGAUCACGGGCACGAGCAUUACCGAAGAGGAUUGGGAGCAGUACUUUUCAGGGCCAUCGGCUGCUGCUGAGGAUCGGCCGAACCAAGAUGUGGAUGGUGGGCGCCGGCUGAGUCAUGGCUCAUCAUCGAUGGGUGUUGGGGAUCUUUCCCAGGCGCAGGCCACUUUGUGCGAUGGUGACCAGGAUGCGAUGGAUGCUUGUAUUCAGGAUCCCGACGAGACCAUGCAAACACUUCUCAUCACCAUCGCCCUAUCACCGAUGCUUUCUGUCUUCUCUGUCUCACCGCCGAUGGUUACCCAUCCCAGAUNUCAUCCUCAUAGAUGGAUAAGUUUAGGUCAAAAGGGUAGUGAAAAAAGAUUUGGAAUUUUAUUUUUUAAUACCCUUUUUUGGUAAGUUAAAUUUUUUAGGGAUAAUGUUAGUACUAUGGCAGGAGAAGUUGAAAAUCCAAAAAAAACAUUUCCAAUAGCAUUAUUUUCAUCUGUUAUUUUUACUUGUUUGGGGUAUAUUAUUCCACUUUUGGCUGUGACUGGAGCUGUUUCAGUUGAUCAAAAUGAUUGGGACACAGGAUUUAUGGCAAAUGCUGCAGAAAUAAUUUCUGGUAAAUGGUUGAAAUUUUGGAUUGAAAUUGGUGCUGUAUUAUCAACAAUUGGAUUAUUUGAAGCACAAUUGAGUAGUUCAGCAUUUCAACUUUUGGGUAUGGCUGAAAUAGCAUUUUUGCCUAAGUUUUUUGGGUUAAGAUCUAAAUGGUUUAAUACACCAUGGGUUGGAAUAAUAUUAUCAACAACAAUUUCAUUGGGAAUGUCAUAUAUGGAUUUUCAAGAUAUUAUUUCUUCAGCCAAUUUCUUGUAUAGUUUAGGUAUGCUAUUGGAAUUUGCAUCAUUUCUUUGGCUAAGGAGGAAAUUUCCAUUGAUUAAAAGACCUUAUAGAGUACCAAUGAAAUUACCAAUUUUGGUAAUUAUGUGUUUAAUUCCAUGUGGUUUUUUGGUAUUUAUUAUGGCUAUAGCAACAAAACUUGUGUAUUUAAUUAGUGGAUUGAUGACUGUAGGAGGGAUUGGUUGGUAUUUUCUUAUGAAUUUUUGUAAGUCAAAGAGGUUGCUUAAGUUCAACAAUAAGGUAGAUGAUAUUUAUGAGGAAUAAUUAAUAGGGAAGCAAGUUGUUGUAGUUUUUU